AUGCCGGUGAAAUCAUCUAAAGCUACACUGUAUAAAUUACUAUUUUUAUUCUUGGUAAUCUCUGCUGUUGAUCUUGGCCUUGCCGUUCCCACAAAAGUUGUGAAAGAUGAUCCGAUUAAAGAGAGUCUGGAGGAACUUAAUGACUUAAAUGAAAGUUCCAUAUUGAGGGAUUCAUCAUCGAUGACCUCACAACCCUACUCCCACCGUGAUGAGGAUAUGUUAACGGAUCCCAAAUUGACAACAGUUUUCGCCAAUUACAAAUAUGAUGUUGAAAUUCUGGAAUCGGGUGAAGAUAAAAGUUCAGAGCUUGCAGAACUUGAGGAGCGUUAUCAUGGACCAGCAAUAGUCAUUAAUACCGAUGAAUUUAUUAAUGAAAAUAUUGAAAUGAAUGCUGCCGAUGAAGAGGAGAGAGCCGACAAGAAAGCCUUAGCCACAAGUCAUUUAAUUUUGAGUAUAAUUUUGGUUGUUUUGGCGCUGGUUUCGAUUGCCCUGUACACAGCUGUGGUUAUAUGGCGUAAUCAUAUUGAGCAACGUUAUGGCAUGCGCGAAUUACUGGUCACCAAUGAUAAUCAAGAUUAUUGGCCUCAACAUAUGACAGAUACAGCGGCCGCAGUUCCACAGCAGGCAACACAACAAAACUUGCCUCCCUCAGUGCCCCACCAUCCGCGACAACAACCUCAACAUCAAAGUGCAUAG